AUGGAGAUAUCCUGCAGCAGUAGCUGCAGCAGUAGCACUAGUUGCUUCGAGUUCGCUCUAGAAUAUCUUCGCUGCUUGCAUGGUACGACCACAGGGUGCGGUUAUCUUAUCUGGAAGCUGAAGAUCGGGGUGAGACUAUUACAAAGCUUUGAUCUGUAUCUGACACUGUGGAGGAGGAGGAACCAUGAAACCUGUUUGGAACAAGAUGAGGAGGAGAAGGAUGUUACGUCUUCCAGAAUUCAAGAUCUGAUUAUCAGGAAAAUGCGAGAUCUUGAAUUUGCUUCGAGCGGAUGCUCGGAUCAUUCUCGAUCGAUUAAUUUGACUCAUGUUGAAAGUGAGCUCACCAAAUUCCUGGAAGCAAUCAAGUUGUUUUUCAAAGCAGUUAUCAACGAUCUGCUGCACUGUUACUGGCUGCGAGAUCCAGAGCUAGUUAUUGAUUUCAUUGAUUCGGUUGCAAAGACUCUGGCGAAAAUGAAGAGAUUCCAUUUGGGACGCGAGAAGCUAAUGUUCUUGAAGAGUUUCAUUUGCUUUGCUAUGCUUCGCGGUGUCAAGGGUCAGCAACUGACAGAUCUCUUGAUUCACGCUGAAGUGAUGGCUAUCAAUGCAUUACACUUGGUUUCUAUAUGGUUUUUUCACACAGAUAAUGUAGUACAGACAGAACAUCAAAUAUCUCGACUAAUACGUGAGAAGAUUAAUCCCGGUGAUCCCAAGGUCCUAGAAACUUACAUCCAUGUCUUGGCUGCUGCAAAGUUAUCAAUAUCGUCAGACACUUCAGCUCUGGAGAAGAGUAAGCAAACAGUAGCUGACUUUAUGGAUUAUCUCGUUCAGAAUACUGCGGAGCUAUUACAACCUUGUACUAGUACUCCAGUCCCGAUUAUGAAUCAAAUGCUCAAAUUUGUUGAGGAGCUAAGAUUCCUGACAAUCCUUCUCAGGCAUCAGGAGAAGUUCAAAGAGCUAUGCCAUGAAAUGAAGAAUCUUGUUGGAGUUGUGGCCUGUGAUGCAGCGGUUGUAAUUUUCUCUCUUUCUGUGAAUCAAAUCAAAGAAGGCUUGGCCAAGGAAACCGAUCUUGCUCUUUUUCAUUUGCUUAAAGUGCUCAAGUUUAUUAGGGCAGAAGUUACUGAUCCAGUAACAUUACUAUUCUCGCCAUUUGGUUUUCCUAGGACCAAUGAGUUGGGCUCUAUGGAUUUUCUCCUUGAAAAUCUGAAGGAACUAGAAAAUUGUAGUGAGACUGAUGAUUCAAUUGCAUUCCCGAAAGAUCAAAUCCACACAGUCCUAGAAGAUCUCAUAUUCUUAAGAUCUUUCCUUGUCAAGAUAGCAGACCAGCGCAACCGGAAUGGAAAACUCCAAGCUCUUUGGAGUCGUGUUAUGGAGGUUGCGCACAGGGCAGAGUUUGUCAUUGACUCUAUCGUGGUUGGUGAUAAACAUGAAUAUUUGGAAAGAGUUGCUAGAGAUAUCCAGCUUUUGAGGACUGAGGCCCUUGAAACCUAUGAUAGCACGAUGCAUGACUGUGGAGCUCAGAGAACUACCCAGAAAUCUUUCCGCAUUGAAUCAAAAUGUCGCACCCCAAUGUUGAAUGAAGUUCUGGUGGGUCUUGAUGAUGAGGUAAAGGCAAUUAUUCAUAGUCUUAUCAGGGGUUCAAAGCUGUUGGAUUUUGUUUCAAUUGUGGGUAUGGCUGGACUUGGCAAGACGACAUUGGCCAAUAGAGUUUACAAUGAUCCAUUAAUUUUGAGUCACUUUUAUAUUCGUGCUUGGUGUACUGUUUCUCAAGUGUAUAGCAUGCACAGUUUGUUAGUUCAGCUUUUAUGCAGUAUUUCUUCUAGAAGUCCUGAUGAAUAUCUUGAGAUGGAUGAAAGUGAUUUGGCUCCCAAACUGUUCAAGCUUUUAAAGAGAAAUAGGUAUCUCAUUUUUUUGGAUGAUGUGUGGGAGAUCAAGGCAUGGAAUUUGCUGGAGAGAGCAUUACCCGAUGAUGCCAAUGGAAGUAGGAUUCUCUUCACCAGCAGAAUUCGAUUGCAAUUCAAACCAGAUAGCAUGGCUCACCAUCUCCGCCACCUUACUGACGAAGAGAGUUGUAAAUUGCUGCAGAAAAAGGUAUUUGGAAAAGAAGGUUUUCCUCCGACACUAGGUAAAGUUGGAUUUCAAAUAGCAAAAUUAUGUAGGGGCUUACCUCUCACAGUUGUCCUCGCUGCUGGAAUUCUUGCUAAUACUGCAGAAGACUGCUGGGAAGAAGUUGCAAAGAGUCUAACUUCCAGUAUUGUCCUUGAUGAUGAAUACUGCAUGAUGACGCUUGAGCUGAGUUACAGUCAUUUAUCGGAUGAUUUGAAGCCAUGUCUUCUUUACUUUGGUGCAUAUAAAGAAGAUGAAAAUGUUCCUGUCCGAAGGUUGUUAUGGCUCUGGAUCUCUGAAGGCUUCGUGCGAAAGACUGAAGAAAAGAGUUUAGAGGAUGCGGCAAAUGACUAUUUGAGGGAUCUGGUUGAUAGAAGUUUAGUCAUGGUUUCUGAACAAAGAACCAUGGGUGGUGCCAAAGCCUGCCGACUUCAUGAUUUGGUACAUGAGUUUUGUGUGAAAAUAGCCAAAGAAGAAAACUUUCUACAUGUUAUUCUUACUGGCACAAGCAACCCCCUCCGAAUUUGCUAUCGAAAUGCCAGGAAUUUGAUGAUUCGGGAGUCAAUGCUAGAAUUACCCAUUGCACGCAGGUUGUUAUCGUUUAAGGAGGAUGAUUUGGGGUUUUGGUUACCUGAACUUCUUAGAGUGUUGGAUUUGGGGGAAUUGGUGUUUCAUGGAUAUUUUCCUAUGGGAGUAUUUUUGCUUGCUCACUUGAGAUACUUGGCCCUUCGUACUCUCGGAGUAACUUUCAUCCCAGCUGCAAUAGCUAACCUCUCAAGGUUACAAACUUUUCUGCUACGAGGAAACGGCGAAGAUUGUUUGUUACCCAAGACUAUCUGGAACAUUAAGACAUUGAGGCAUCUAUGGAUUGCAGAUUCCUAUGCUGGUUUUAUUUUUCCUGUUGAAAAUCUUGAAGUAUACCCAGGUUUAGAUCAUUUAGACACUUUAAGCCUUGCCAUUGAUCCCUCCUCUCAAAGCUUGCAAAAGAUACUGACAAAGUUACCAAACAUCCGCAGGCUAAGAUGUAAGAUGACGGAAUCAAGAGAAGAAGCUACCAGAAUUGGCAACGGGUUUCUCUGGUUUGACUGUUUGAGUCAACUAGAGUCACUUACUCUGCUUUACUUUGACAUAUAUGGAAUUAAAUUCCCUUUGAAUUUGAAGAAGUUGACUUUCGUUUACAAUAAGCAGCCAUGGAGUGAAAUCCCAACAAUUGGAAAGUUGCCCAAACUUGAAGUGCUUAAAUUAGUCGGUUGCUCCUUCUUAGAAUGGGAAAUGAAAGAAGGGGAGUUCCCUAGCCUCCGCGUCUUGAUAUUGAGAGAAUGGUUGGACUUUCGCAGAUGGACUGCAUCUUCUGAUAAUUUUCCCCGGCUUGAGAAAUUGGUUGUCCACUGGUGUACAGAGUUGGAAGAGGUGCCUUCUUGCUUAGGGGAAUGUCCGACUCUUGAAAUGAUUGAGGUGAAACGAUGUAGCGAGUCUCUUGCAAAUUCAGUGAAGCAAAUUCAACAAGAACAGAGAGAUAUGGGAAAUGAGGCUCUAAAGAUCUUAAUUGAAGGUUGUGUUGAUGCGCGGAGUUCCAGCGAAGAAGAAGAAGAAUCAGAGUGCGGUUCCUCAGAAACAGAGCCAAUCUCCUCAGAAGAAGAAUCAGAGUCCAGCGAAGAAGAAGAAGAAUCAGAGUCCAGUUCCUCAGAAACAGAGUCAAUCUCCUUUCCACCAAAAAAAAAACAAAAAAAAGAGUCAAUCUCCUCACAAGGAGUCUAA